AUGACGAGCAUAAUUCGUAUUGCUGGAAUUUGUGGAUCUCUUCGUAUAGAAAGUGCUAAUAAAAAACUGAUUCUUCGAGCUCAACAACUAUGUGCUGAGCAUGUACCUGAAGCUCGGAUUGAUAUCAUUGAUUGGAGUAAAUUACCCGUUUUUAAUGAGGAUUUGGAAGGAGAUCCACCAAAAUCUGUUAUUAAAUUUAAGGAAGAAAUCGCAGAUUCUGAUGCGAUUCUUUUCGCUACACCUG